GUUGCGGAGGACCGUGAACCUACUGAUGAAUCGUCUAAUAAUUGCCAAAAUGACCCGAAUAUUUUACCCGUCUCUACGCAGCCCAGUGACGAUGUCGAUGACUUGUCAUUGCAGCCUCCAAUUGAACCUCAUGCGGAAAGCCAUGAAUCUAGAGCUGAGUAUUCCACCGAUGAUUUGAGCAGCGAACUUUCUGUAAGUUUCGACGAACUGCGAGCGGCGACAAACAACUUUUCGCAGACAAAUAUCAUCGGUCGAGGCGGCUACGGAACGGUGUACAAGGGACUGUGGAAGGAGACCAUCGUGGCCAUCAAGCGAAUCAGUUUCCGCCGUAGCGUCGAUUAUAUGAAGGAGAUUAUCGGCCAGGUGGAAACCGAGAUGAAGGCGUUGUCAGUCUACCGUCACGACAACAUAUUGUCUCUGUACGCGUUUUGCUUGGAAAACACUGAAGCGUGCUUGGUGUAUCAGUUCAUGCAUGGCGGUUCUUUGAACGAUCGCCUCUUCGGUACGUCGUACAAGCCGUUGACAUGGGAUCAACGUCUGCAUAUUAUGAUCGGCUCCUGCCGUGGUCUCAACUAUCUGCACACGUUCAAGACGGAGCCGUUAGUACAUGGUGACGUGAAAGGUGCCAACAUCCUGCUGGACAGGUAUCUCGAACCGAAAAUCGGCGAUUUUGGAUUGUGCCGCAGGAUUAACCUGCAGAAACCUGACACCUGGCUGUCUAGCGUGUCCGUCGGUCAUAUCAAGGGUACGAUGUCGUAUCUCCCGCCUGAGUAUAUUGCCAAGAAGCUUAUUUCUACCAAACUGGAUGUGUACAGUUUUGGAGUGGUAAGCAAAAAUUCUCUCUGCCAAAAGAAUUCCCGACGAUGUAGACACUGGAAAUAA